UGGCGAUGGCCUAGGAGGCAGGGAGGGGGGCUGGAGGGCCGGCCGGAGCCUCCCCCUUCCUGCCCGCCGCUCCCCGGCCCCGAGUCCCAAGCAAGGGCCGCCCAGACCCGCGGCGGAGCUGUGGCCGAGCGGAGCCGGGGCUUGCUGCAGAGAGCCUCCCGCCAGAAAGCAAUGUGUUCAGGACUAGACAGCAGUCAACAGUAGUAGAGCCAAAAGGGAAUGAGCAACCUGCCCAGGUCCAGACUCCCACAAGUCCACAUACCCACCUGCCCCCAGAGGAAGCAGCAGACCCGGAAAGAGCUGCCCAAAAAGAAAAGCUCCAUGAAGAGCUGAAGCGAGUUCUUCAGAGGAAGGGCGAAAGCCAACGAAACAACGAAGAGACUGUGGUUGGCGAGGAGGAGGAAGAAGAGCCACCAUUACUGUCCUUGAGUCCUCCAAGCGAGAUGGAGGCCAAAGUCAGUGCUAUGGAGAAGACCAUUGAGACAUCUGAAUUGCUGGAGAUCAUUGUGGAGACGGAAGCAGAAGCCGGGGUCAGCGGGAUGAGCGUGGCCGGAGGAGGGCGGGAUGGCCUCUUUGUCAAGGAUGUGCUGAAAGACUCUCCAGCGGCACGGGCACUGAGCCUCAAGGAAGGUGACCAGCUCCUUAGUGCCAGAGUAUAUUUUGACAACAUAAAGUACGAAGACGCCUUGCAGAUCCUCAAGUGCGCCGAACCAUACAAGAUCUCCUUCUGCUUGAAACGGACAGUGCCCAGUGCAGAUGUCUCCCGCAAGCCCGGCACCUCCACCUUUGAAGUCAGAGGCCCCAAAGCCAAGAUAGCCAAGCUGAACAUCCAGAGCCUGUCAUCUCUGAAGAAGAAGAAGAAAAAGAAGGUGGCGAAGGGUCUGGCAAAGGACCUGCAAGAGACAACAGACCUUCGCGGCAGUGGGGACCUGGCUGGAGGGAAACUGGAUAUCACACCGGUUGACGUGGAGUUCUCCCUGCCCAAGUUUUCCAAGCUGCGCAAGGCCAAGAGUGCAGGUGAGGUGGCAGCCGCUGAACCAAGCCCAGACGUUUCCCCGUGGCUGUCAUCUCUGGAGACUAAACGCCGAAAACUGAAAUUCCCCAGGCUGAAGGUUAAGGAAGCAGCUGCUGCCGCUGCAGCAGGUAGAACAAGAGUUGAAGUGCCCGAGAGUCACCUGGAAGUGGGCCUGCCCAAGGUUGCCAUCGGGGUGAAAGCUGCCACAAAAAAAGAAGGUGAAGGGAAGGUGUCCAGAUUCACAGUCCCAUUCACCAAGACCAAGAAGGCCAAAGAAGAGGCAAGGAGCAAAGUGGAAACUGGGUUCCAGGCCCCUCAGGUAGAACUUGAUCUCCCCUUGCCUAAAGCUGGGCCUGGUGGAGAGUCACCCAAAACUGGUGCCAAAGCAGAAGGUUUCAAGAUCCAAGCACCUCAGAUCGGGUUGCCCAAAAUGGAGGUGGUGCUGCCCAAAGUAACUACUGUAGGGAUGGAAGUGCCAGAAGGUGGUCUCCAAACAGGGCUGAAGCUCCCCGCAGCAGAAGUGGCAGCUCCUAAGGUGGAUGUCGACCUCAGCUUCCCCAGACUGGAGGGCACAUCUCCCCCAGAGGUUGUCCCCAAAGGAGAAGGCUUCCGAAUCAAAGUCCCCAAGUUUGGCAUCCCUGCGGAAGAUGUCAAGCUGAAAGUGCCUUCAGCCAAAGUCCCAGCCGUGGAAGUCUCCCUGGAAAAAGACAAGGUGAGAUCCAAAGAUUUGGAGGAAAAACUGACAGCAGGAGUGACAAUGCCAUCUUUGGAUGUGGAGGCUCCAUCCGUGGAGCUAGAGCUCCCCCUUCCCAGAGGGAAAGCUGAAGUGGAAGCUCGCAAGCUCAGAGUUGAAGCCCCAGAUAUCUCUGUCAAGGUCCCCUCCAUCGGCCUUGGCAAGUUGGUCUCCAAAGCCCAGGAAGAAGGGGAAAGCAGAUUGCCUCAAGUGGAAGUCAGUCUUGGAAAACCAGAGAGCCCCAAAAUAAAACCCAAAGGCCCUAAGAUCCAAAUUCCUGGGUUUGGGAUUUCCUUGACAGAACGCAAGUCAGAUAGCAAAGAGGCUGUUUCCAAAGGGGCAGCAGAGAGUAAGGUGGCAUUUCCAGGGCUGAAGAUGCCCUCCCUUGACAUCUCAGUCCCCAAAGUCAGCGACGUGCAACUUCCAAAGGCCACGGGAGAGUUGGCUGCCUCCUUCGAUCGGGCAAAGUCUCGGGAGGCUGCCGAAGAGCCUGGAUUCAGGUUCCAGGUACCCCAAGUGUCACUCCCCAAAUUUGACCUGCCUGCCAAGGUGCCACCUUCCCCACCCCUCCUAACUCAUGCCAAAUUCCCAAAGCCAGAAGGUGAUGUGAGCGUGAAAGUCAGUGUCCCAAAGGUGGAUCUUGUUUUACCUGAUGUUCAGCUCCCCAAAUCACCAUGUCAAAAAUCAGAAUUGGACAUCUCAGUGGAGAAGCCCAAGGUAGAAAUGGCUGUCCCCUCAGCCAGGCUGAGCUUCCCUUCUGGUGCCGUGCCGGCACUGGAAAUUGGCCUGCCCAAAGUUGAGGUUGGCCUGGAUUUGCCAAAGGUGGAAAGAGAGCUUGGGGUCUCUGAGCCACACAGAGAUCACGAGAUGAAGCUUCCGUUCCCCAGCUUCGGGGCUGUGAGCAAAGACCUGGGGGUGGAGCUCAGUGUCCCCACAUGCCGACCAGAUCAGCUGGAACCAAGCGUGAGGACCUUUGAAGGGCCAGAUGUCAGCGGAAUGGUCGCCAGAAUUCCUAAAGUGGAUCUUGCUUUGGGGAAGGAGUUGCCAACAGCUGAAGGAGAACGAAGGCUUGAAAUUGGCUUGGACAUGAAGGAAAAAAUAUUGCCAAAGAUCAGCUUGGCUGCGGGGACCAAAACAAAGCUGCCAUCUGUUGAGAUUCCGACUGUCACUAUCCCAGAUGUGACCAUCGAGAGCAGCAAAGUCCUGGAGGCUGAAGCAAAACAGAAGUCGCCCAGGUUUACCCUCCCUAAAUUCAGCAUUUCUGGCCCCAAGGUCCAGAAGGUGAGCCCAGAGGCAAAGUUGAAAAUGCCAAAAUUUGGAAUCUCGUUCCCCAAGUCCAAAUGGGGAACAGAGGUGGAAAGUCCCAAAUUAGCUCUCAGUGUUGAAGGAAAGGCUCCCAAAGAGAAGUCUGGUGCCAUCUCUGAGCCUCAGGUGGGUCUAGAUUCCUCUGAAAGCAGGAUGAAAUUGCCUACCAUGGAAGUUGAGAUGCCCAGCGUGGCUGUGGACAUCAGCCUUCCCUCGGGGAAGACAGAAGAGUGGCCUGGGGAAGAAGCUGCAGGCCUCUCCCCUGAAGUCGGCAUAGACCUCCCAGAUGUCAAGCUGAAAAUGCCCAAAUUACUUUUGCCCAAAUUUGGGGGCAAAGGCAAGGAGGGGGAGCUGGAGCUCAAGAGCCGGGAGGCAAAGCUUCCAGAGAAAGAGGCCAAAGCCAAAAUGCCCAAAUUCAAGAUGCCAUCUUUUGGCAUGAUGCGCAGAGAUGUGGAGAUCUCAGGCCUAGAAGCAGAAGCAAAAAUCAAGAAAGAUUCCAAAAGUCUCAAGGAGAAAGGUCCAUCUGUGAAGAUGCCUUCUCUGAAAAUGCCAACACUGCAGCUGUCCUCUCCUAAGCUGGAAACUGAGAAAGGGAAGCUGCAGAUCCAGGCUCCAGAAGUGGGAGUGAAAGUCCCCCAGGUUGAGCUUCCCAAGAUUAGCUCCAAAGAUGGCAAAGCAGAGGGAGGGCUGCUUAUGGGGUCUGACAGUCCCACCUUCAAGGUUAAGAUGCCAUCCCUGGAGAUUGCUGUGCCCAGCCCCAGAGUGGAAGGGGAGCUGGAGAAGCCCGUGGUGGACGUCUCAGAGGCCGACAUCAGAGGAUAUGAGGGAGAACUCAAGAUCCCCAGUGUGCUUUCCAUCGGCAUUUCGGCCCCCAAAGUUGAGCUGGACAUUAGUCUGCCCACCGCUGGCCCAGACGAGUCCAUCACUUAUGGCACUACAAGUGCAGAUGCCAAGAUCAAGUUGCCAAAGGUGGAGCUGCCCAAAUUUGGUCAGGCUGAGGAUAGUGGGGUGCUGGAAGCAGGAGUACAGCUGCUGGGACACAAGUUCAGCCUUGGGCGGGAAGGAGAGAAAGAGGCAGAAGGAUCAGGAGAAGGCUAUAUUCUGGGUUCCAAGGUACGGAUGCCCAGAGUAGACAUCUCCUUGCCCAAAGCCCGGCUUUCUGAUGCAGAGCUACCACUGACUGAGGGAGAGGGGAUGGUUGAAGGAGCUGAGGGUAAAUUCAGGAUGCCUUCUGUUGGGCUGCCAAAGUUCUCCACCCCUAAAAUGAAGGCUCCUGAGGUAGAGCUUGACAUGAGUUUGGAAGCAGCAGGGAAGAUGCCUAGGGUCAAAGUGAGUGGUCCUGCCAUUAAAUUGCCCAAAUUUGGGGGUUCCAUUUCUGAUGGAGAAGGGGAGCCUGAAGUGGAUUUGCCCAGGGUCCCACAGCUGGAGCUGAAAGCUCCCAAACUCCGAGGCAGUGCCGAGAUGCUGAGCCUGGAAAGUGGGACGAAAGAAGCCAAGAUCAAGAUGCCCUCGCUCCCUAUUGGCUUUGGUCUAGGCAAGGCAGAAGCUGAAACUGGGCUGGGAGUUGAUGAUGGCAAGUUCAAGUUGAAAUUCCCAUCCUUGAGCAUCUCCAAGGCAGGCCCCGAAUCAGGCACAGAUACCCAGCCCCUCUGCCCUCCUGCUGAAGGGACAGACUUCUCCUUCAAAAUGCCCCAGAUUGCUCUGCCACAUGUGGGGUUCUCCGUGGACUCCGAAGGGAGGAAGGAAGUGAAGGGAGAAUCAGGGAAACUAACAGGUAUGACUGAUCUGGAAGUGGAUGUGGGAGGGUUUGAAGGCAGGCUGAAAAUGCCCAAGAUCAAAAUGCCGGCAUUUGGGACACCAGGUGCCAAGGGAGACACAGAUGUGGCAAGAGCUUCUCCUCCAAGACAUCGACGGGACUCAGGAGAAGGAGAUCUGGACGAGAAGAAAGCAGCCUUCAAGGUUCCCGGCUUGGAGAUUUCAGCCCCAAGCCUCAAAACCCACGCUGAAUAUGAUGUUGAGGAGACCCAGCUCAGAUAUGGUGGCUCUCAGGAACUGGAAGGGGCCAGUAAAAGAGGUCGCGUUGGCAGCGAUGGUCGGAAGAGCCCAGUUGGAAAAGGAGGGGCAGCCAGUGCAGAUGCAGGGAAGAAGUAUAAAGUGAAGCUUCCCAAAUUUGGAAUUUCCUUGCCCAAAGCAGGAUUGGAAACUGAGGAAAGCGCCCAUGGGCAGGAAUCAGAGACCAAAGCCAAGAAACACAUGUUUGCCUUGGGAAGGUCCAAGGCAAAGGGCUCCGAGGGUUCCCCCAGCCUCCUUGAGAGAGAGGAGGAAGGGGAUGGCAAGGGUAUGAUGGCCAAACUCAAGCUCAAGCCCACUUUUGGAUUGUCACUCUCCAAGCCCAAAAUGGGGGUGGAUGUCAAUGGAGACCUGGAGGAGGCUUCCUCCAAGCUCAAGGUGCCCAAGCUGGGUUUCUCCACAACAGAAGAGAGCUCCCAGCUCAAUGGGGAACAAGGUGAAGCCUCGCUGCAGGACGGAUCUCAAGAGAGCAAGGGGAAGAUGGGCAAAAUCCGGCUGCCUCAAGUGGAACUGUCAUCCCCUUCCAAGGUGGCUGAAACUGACCACGAGUUGAACCUCAAGCUGGUGAGGACAGAAGACACCAAAGAAAAUACCCAUGGGGGAGGCACCUUUUCAGCCUUGAAGUUCAAGUCGCCCAAGAUCACCUUCUCGGGCUUCAAGAAACGGAAUGGGGAGAUGGCGCCAGGAGCCGUGGUGUCUUCCGCUGCCAGAACAGAGAUGGCUUCAUUGGAAACAGGCGAGGCAGGGUCCAAGGGGGAGAGGUCUCCCAAGUUCAGAUUCCCUAAGGUGGCGCUGAGCCCCAGGUCUCAUGGGGUUCUGGAGAUCACCCCUGAGCACCCAGAGGACGAAGGGGGAUUGAAAAUCAGGCUGCCCGAUGUGGGUUUCUCUGAGGAGCCGGGCUUGGAGGCCAGGUUGGGACCAGCGAAGGUUGUGACCAAAUCAGAGGGAGGAGUAGCAUCUUCAGUGUGAGGGGCAAGUGUUGGAGUUAGCCUGGCAGAGCCAUGCCCACCUCUCUGUCCUCUGUAUAAUGUCUAGCACUAACACAAGUGAGACAGGCUUGGCACCAGCCAGGAGUAGAUGAAGGAAGACGAGAGAAAAUCAUCUGGGCAUGCUUCUGUUGCAUGUGUCUCUCCCAGAACGUUGCCUUUAACAUCCCCUCUCUGGAGGCCACUGCAGCUCCAUACUUAGAAAUUGGUUUUCUCUUUCUUUCUAUCUCUAUGGAAAAUCAGUGUGAAUAAAUUCAAGUCCCGUCUUUUCCUGUCCUAUUGUCAAGGGCUUGCUUCACACCAACCUCCAAACAAACUUGUUUCCUCCCUCAACUGUGCUUCUGUUGUCCUCCUUGUGAGUUUUGGGACCAGGUUUGAAAAACGUCCAUUUCCCUACCUUUGCCUUUGGAAACAGGUCAUUUGGGGAAGACUUGGUUAUAUGUUACAGAACUAACUUAAGAAUGGGGGGGGGGGGUUUGUGAGCAGAGUGAAUGAGGUGUUUAGAAAUGAGGAAGUGUGGUCAAUAACAUGUCCUUCCUUAGAAAAUUAUAGAAUGAUGGAGUUAAUGAGAAUCCCAGGGGUCAUCUAGUCUAACCCCUUGCCAGUACAGGAUCUAAAAUAGAUAAGUUGUUGGGGUGGAGGUAAGACCCAGUCUUAGUUGGAUGACAGAAGACAAUUCAAGGGCGUUUUGAGCGAGGACAAGGCUCCUAACUGACUGGGUAAUGCUGUAUCCUGCUAAGUCCUAUCGUCAGUUGAUCCGGAAGACCUAGAACUCUUGGUUUUUCCUGUGAGGUUGUUGCUAUGCCUUGUUUUUAGGGUGAUUCAGAGGUUAAGCUGGCAGUGCCAAAGGUUGCUUGGGUGCAAAAUCAGAGCAGUUCUUCUGCACCAAGAAUAUCUGUCAUCUCCAUCCUCCCUUCCAUAGGUCAUUCUCUCCCUUCCCAAACAAAGUCCCUUUGCUGCUCCAACCCUCUCAGCUCUCUUCCUCCUUCCUUAAUGACACAAUGAAACCCCAUAGACUAUGAGCGUCAUGCACUUUGUGCCUGUAUCUUCUCCCCAUUUAGGGUUACCCUAGUGGAAACUGGAAAUUUCAGUUGUUGCUUGUCAUAGCAAUGAGGUCCCAAGUAACAUCUGCUGAAAUUCUCUCUUUGGCACAACCUUUUUAGCUUUUGUCUCUUUCAAGGUUAUGCCAAAGCAACCCUGGCUUUUUUUCAUGUCAGGAGUGACUUGAGCAACUGCAAGUCACUUCUGGUGUAAGAGAAUUGGCCGUCUGCAAGGACAUUGCCCAGGGGGUGCCUAGAUGUUUGCUGUUUUACCAUCCUUGUGGGAGGCUUCUUUCAUGUUCCCGCAUGGGAAGCUGGAGUUUGACAGAGCAAGCUCAACCUUCUCUUCCCAGAUUUGAAACGCUGACCUAUCGGUCAGCAAUCCUGCUGACACACGGUGGCCACUGUGUCAACCUGGCUAAAAAGAAGAGAUUGACAUAACUCACAUAACCGUUGAUGGAGUUUUUACUUCCUGAUUCAGGAAUAAACCAACUUUGGGUAGUUUUCAAAGAAGUUGCUCUGUUAUUUUAAUGCAACUUUUAAAAAUAUGCUUUAUUCCUGAGGCUUUCCUAUCACUCUGUACUGCAUCCAAAGAAGUGGGUUUAUAUCCACAACAGCUCAUGCUAACACAAAAACCAGACAGUCUUAAAAGUGCUGCAACAUUCCUUUUUUUUUUGUUCCUGUUUCCUUUUUUAUGGAAUUUUGGGGGAAACGCAGAGACAUUUCUUUGGGAUUAUUUUUUUUUCCGUGUCAGGAACGAGUUCAGAAACUGCAAGUUUCUUCUAGUGUGAGAGAAUUGACCGUCUGCAAGGACGUUCCCCAGAGGACGCCCGGAUGGUUUGAUGUUUUAUCAUCCUUGUGGGAGGCUUCUCUCAUGUCUCCGCAAUAGGGAGCUGGAGCUGACAGAGGGAGCUCAUCUGCACUCUCCCCGGAUUCGAAUCUGUGACUUGUCGGUCUUCAGUCCUGCUGGCACAAGGGUUUAACCCAUUGUGCCACUGGAGGCUCUAUUUCUUUGGGAUGGGAGAGAGGGAUGAGGGUGGAGAUAAGAGAUUUUCAAGAUCCUUUAUGUGCUCCCACCAAAACUAGACAACACCUUUGCUGUGCCAGGCCUUCAAGGUGGUGUUUCUCAUCAGCAGCCCCAGGUGUUCAUAAUUUAGGCUAAAAUAUUUUACUGGUUUGGAGAGUACGGGGGACCCAUUGCAUUUGCUUUUCAAGAGAGCCGUGUGAAAUGCAGUGGUCACAUUAAGGUGUUUACAUUUAGGGCAGAAAGCAGUGUAAAGGGAUUCGGGAGUGACGUAGGAUCUCCAUUCCUUCAAGUGAGUAAGUCAGGGAGCGAGGGACAGAAAUAUUGUCUUGUCACUCUGAGAUGUACAGAAUUUUUUUUUUUUGUUCUAAUUGUUAACUACUUCGGCCUGCUGUGAUGGGCUUUCCUAUAAUUUGCCGCUAAAAGACAAAUCCCAAUAACUGCCUCUUUGCCAGAUUGUCUGUUGAAUUAAUUAUCUUUUAAGUAAAGAAAGAUGUUACACUGUAUCUCAGAUACACUGUACUACUGCUGCUUUUGUUUUGUUUUGUUUUCUAUUCUGGGUUUGAAUAAAAAAUUAAUAUGUGGACUGAC